GUACUAUUUGAUAAUGUACGUGUUCCUCAAUCAAAUCUUCUUGGAAAAGAAGGCAAUGGAUUUAAAAUGGCAAUGAGUGCAUUGGAUGGAGGCAGAAUUAACAUAGCAUCUUGUUCUCUUGGAGGUGCAUCAUUUGCUUUUGAUUUAACCAAAGAUUAUUUGCAUGAUCGUAAAUAAUUUGGAUAACCACUUGCUGCAUUUUAAGGAUUACAAUUUAAAUUUGCUGAUAUGGCCACCAAUCUUGUUACUUCUAGAUUGAUUGUAAGAUAAGCUGCUUAAAUGAUUGACAACAAGAUAUGCUACUAGAACAGUUGUUUCAAUAUUGCCAAUGAAGCAUUGCAACUUCAUGGAGGUUAUGGAUAUCUGAGUGAAUAUCAAAUAGAAAGAAUUGUUAGAGACUUAAGAGUGCACCAAAUACUUGAAGGUACCAAUGAAAUAAUGAAAGUCAUUAUCUCUAGGAAUCUGUUAAAAUGAUUUAUAAUACAAACAAUUUUUAAAUAUGUAAUCAAAAUACUCAA